AUGAAUUAUGUCAUAAUUUUUAUGUUGGCUACUACUAUGUAUUUUGAGCUAAAUCUAGCUUGCCAAAAGAACCAUGUAGUAAUUCAAAACAAAUUCAAUCCUGGUACUGUUCUCACCAACUGCAAAAAAAAUCAAGUAGUAAUUCAUAAUGAGCUCGCUCCUGGUAUUGUUCUCAACAUUGCAUGUCGAAGGGACAGCAUAGACUGUCCACCUACAAGAUUUCACAAACUAAACUUCAAGGAUCCUUUUUACAUCAUUGAAUUCGAAGAUAAUUAUCCUAAUGAUGAAACUUGGUAUUGUAUGCUUAGUCAUGGAACUAAACCAAAGUAUUGGUAUGAUAUCGAAGUAUAUCGUCAAGGAGUUAGACCUAAAUGUGGUCAGUUACGCUCGUGGAUUGCAAAAAAAGAUGGGAUUUGGUUUACAAGAAGAUAUCAUAGUCCUCCCGGACAUGUUCUCAAUUGGAAAACUAAGUAA